AUGUACGACCAGGACGAAGAUAACCAGUACGACGAGGACGAUGACGAAAUCACCCCGGACCUGUGGCAGGAGGCCUGCUGGAUCGUCAUCAGCUCUUACUUUGACGAGAAGGGCCUGGUGCGCCAGCAGCUGGACUCCUUCGAUGAGUUCAUCCAGAUGUCCGUCCAGAGGAUCGUGGAGGACGCCCCCCCCAUCGACCUGCAGGCUGAGGCCCAGCACACCUCCGGGGAGGUGGAGGAGCCGCCCCGAUACCUGCUGAAGUUUGAGCAGAUCUACCUGUCCAAGCCCACCCACUGGGAGAGGGACGGCGCCCCGUCCCCCAUGAUGCCCAACGAGGCCCGGCUCAGAAACCUCACGUACUCGGCCCCCCUGUACGUGGACAUCACCAAGACCAUCAUAAAGGAGGGCGAGGACCAGCUGCAGACGCAGCACCAGAAGACCUUCAUCGGGAAGAUCCCCAUCAUGCUGCGCUCCACCUACUGCCUGCUGAGCGGCCUGACCGACCGAGACCUGUGCGAGCUCAACGAGUGUCCCCUGGACCCGGGGGGCUACUUCAUCAUCAACGGCUCCGAGAAGAGGCUCACGCUGACUCCGCCCCAGGUGCUGAUAGCCCAGGAGAAGAUGGCCACCAACACCGUCUACGUCUUCGCCAAGAAGGACUCCAACAUGAUGGCCCGAGGGGGGCAGGGGGUGAAGAAGAGUGCGAUUGGCCAGCGGAUCGUGUCCACGCUGCCCUACAUCCGGCAGGAGGUUCCCAUCAUCAUCGUGUUCCGGGCGCUGGGCUUCGUGUCCGACAGAGACAUCCUGGAGCACAUCAUCUACGACUUCGACGACCCCGAGAUGAUGGAGAUGGUGAAGCCGUCCCUGGAUGAGGCGUUUGUGAUCCAGGAGCAGAACGUUGCUCUGAACUUCAUCGGGUCCAGAGGAGCAAAGCCCGGCGUGACGAAGGAGAGGAGGAUCAAAUACGCAAAGGAAGUUCUGCAGAAGGAGAUGCUGCCGCAUGUGGGGGUCAGCGACUUCUGCGAGACCAAGAAGGCCUACUUCCUGGGGUACAUGGUCCACCGGCUGCUGCUGGCGGCUCUGGGCCGGAGGGAGCUGGACGACAGGGACCACUACGGGAACAAGAGGCUGGACCUGGCCGGGCCUCUGCUGGCCUUCCUGUUCAGAGGGAUGUUUAAGAACCUCCUGAAGGAGAUCAGGAUCUACGCUCAGAAGUUCAUCGACAGAGGGAAAGAUUUCAACCUGGAGCUCGCCAUCAAGACGCGCAUCAUCUCAGACGGCCUGAAAUACUCUCUGGCCACCGGGAACUGGGGGGACGUGAAGAAGGCUCACCAGGCCCGAGCCGGGGUGUCCCAGGUGCUGAACCGUCUGACCUUUGCGUCCACGCUGUCCCACCUGCGGCGGGUCAACUCUCCCAUUGGCCGAGACGGGAAGCUGGCCAAACCCCGCCAGCUGCACAACACGCUGUGGGGCAUGGUGUGUCCCGCAGAGACGCCUGAGGGUCACGCCGUGGGUCUGGUGAAGAACCUGGCCCUGAUGGCCUACAUAUCUGUAGGCUCCCAGCCUUCGCCCAUCCUGGAGUUUCUGGAGGAGUGGAGCAUGGAGAACCUGGAGGAGAUCUCUCCUGCUGCCAUCGCAGAUGCAACUAAAAUCUUUGUGAACGGCUGCUGGGUUGGAAUCCACAAAGACCCAGAGCAGCUGAUGAAUACUCUGAGGAAACUCCGCCGACAGAUGGACAUCAUCGUGUCCGAGUCUCCCAGGAACACCUACCAGUCGGCCAUGGGCAAGCAGGCCAUGGGCGUCUACAUCACCAACUUCCACGUGCGCAUGGACACGCUGGCGCACGUGCUGUACUACCCCCAGAAGCCUCUGGUCACCACCCGGUCCAUGGAGUACCUCCGCUUCAGGGAGCUGCCUGCAGGGAUCAACUCCAUCGUUGCCAUCGCCUCCUACACCGGCUACAACCAGGAGGACUCAGUGAUCAUGAACCGGUCUGCGGUGGACCGGGGCUUCUUCAGGUCUGUCUUCUAUCGAUCCUACAAAGAGCAGGAGUCUAAGAAAGGUUUCGACCAGGAGGAGAUCUUUGAGAAGCCCACACGCGAGACCUGUCAAGGCAUGAGGCACGCCAUCUACGAUAAGCUGGACGACGACGGGCUGAUUGCGCCGGGCGUGCGCGUGUCCGGCGAGGACGUGAUCAUCGGGAAGACGGUGACGCUGCCGGAGAACGACGACGAGCUGGACAGCACCAACCGGCGCUACACCAAGAGGGACUGCAGCACCUUCCUGAGGACCAGCGAGACCGGCAUCGUGGACCAGGUCAUGGUGACGCUGAACCAGGAGGGCUACAAGUUCUGCAAGAUCCGGGUGAGGGCUCCGGCCUCUGGCCCCCAGCGGCCCCCAGCGCUCCCUCACCUGAACCAGCCUCUGAACCAGCCUCUGUCCCCAGGUCCGCUCCGUCAGGAUCCCCCAGAUCGGAGACAAGUUUGCCAGCCGGCACGGGCAGAAGGGAACCUGCGGGAUUCAGUACAGACAAGAGGUGAGAGGCAUGGGGGGAACGGGGGGGAGGCCCCAAGAGCAGAGCUGGUCUGUUAG